AUGCGUCGUGCGUUGUUUUUGCACAUCGUUAAUGCCGUCGCAGCCGAUCCAUACUUCCAACAACGCACGGAUGCACUAGGGAGGCCUGGCUUCACGCCAUUGCAAAAAUGCACUGUCGCUGUUCGUAUGCUAGCUAACGGUGGGGCAGCGGACCAAUACGACGAGUAUCUCCGGAUUGUUGAGUCCACCGCGUUGGAGUGCUUGCGCAGAUUCAGUCAAGCUAUUAUUCAACUCUUCGGUGCGGAGUACUUGAGGAGGCCGACUUCCGCUGACUGCCAACAGCUUCUAGCAAUGCACGAAGCGAAGCACGGCUUCCCGGGAAUGCUAGGGAGCCUUGAUUGCAUGCAUUGGGCGUGGAAGAAUUGUCCAACGGCAUGGCAAGGCGCAUACACUCGCGGCGAUCAGGGGGAACCGACCAUCAUCCUCGAAGUCGUCGCCUCGCAAGAUCUAUGGAUCUGGCAUGCUUUUUUUGGGACUCCUGGUUCGAACAACGACAUCAACGUGCUCAACAACUCGACGUUGUUCAACGAUCGGCUGCAAGGAAUGGGGGUGCCGGUCACAUAUCAAGUCAACAACACCUACUACACAAGUUGGUACUACUUGACUGACGGCAUCUAUCCCAAUUGGCCUGUAUUCGUGAAGAGUCUUACACAUCCGACGGAUCCGAAAGGGAAGAGGUUCAAAGUGAUGCAGGAAGCGGCUCGCAAGGAUAUUGAACGAGCCUUCGGCGUCCUUCAAGCUCGUUGGGCAAUCGUCAAAGGCCCAGCACGUCUUUGGAGCAAGGAGGCGAUGAGCGACAUCAUGUUCACGUGCAUCAUUUUGCACAACAUGAUCAUCGAAGACGAAGGCGAGCAAGCAACGCAGUGGGAAGAAGACGCCGACGAAGCUUCGAGUAGCGCCGCAUCUCAACCUCAUGUCGGUGCUCCGCCGGAUUUUCGUGCAUUUGUUGCACGACAAGCAUCCAUGCGAGACGCGGAGAUGCAUGCUCGCCUCACUUUGGACUUGAAGGAGCACAUUUGGAAAUAUCCUUAA